GGUCCACACAAAUAAGAGAGAGGCACAGUAACCCAGCUGACUGGACUGUCUGGCUUUGAGGAAUACCUUGAUUAAAACGUUUCAAUAUUUAGGUUCUAUACAGACAUAUCAUGAGGAUAAAAAGCUACAUUCUUCUUAUGGUAAACUUGGCUGUUUCAUCAGCACACUCCAUCCCAGAGGUGGAUGUAGAAAUAGUGGAUGUUGGCGAAAAUAACAUCACAGAAGAUUUAACACUUGAUGAUAUCCGGGAGCCUUCAAAUGCUCAAAAGAGUAGCAUUCUUCCUGGGAACAAACUGUGGACUUCUCCAGUCCCCUAUGUUUUGGACAAAGGCCUUGACUUGAAAGCUAGAGGAGUCAUCCUGAGAGCGUUCGACCAGUUCAGGGUCAAGUCAUGCAUUGACUUCAAACCCAGAGAUUCCGAGGUGUAUUACCUUAACAUUCAAAAAUUAGAUGGGUGUUGGUCAUAUGUUGGUAGAAUAUUUUCCAAUGGACAGGACCUUUCCAUUGGACAGAACUGUGAUUUUGUUGCAAUUGUUGAACAUGAGAUCCUUCAUGCUCUUGGCUUCUACCAUGAACAAUCAAGAUAUGACAGAGACAAUCAUGUGCAGAUUGAAUACAGCAACAUCAUAGCAGGUAAGGAGCAUAGUUUUAGAAAGGUUGGCAAUCAAGACAGUACCACCCAUGGAAGACCAUAUGACUACCUGUCAGUGAUGCACUACCACAAAAAUGCAUUCAGCAAUGGCAAUGGCCCUACAAUUAUUACCAUAAAUCAAACAUUUCAAGAUAUGAUUGGUCAAAGAGUGGAAAUGAGUUCCAGUGAUGUUCAAGAGCUGAAUCUUCUCUACACAUGCAAUUCAGCUGUGACCUUCAAGUUUUACUGUGGCUUUUCUAAUAAGGAUUUAUGCCAAAUGAAUCAUUACUUAAACAGUUGGAAUGGCUGGGAAUUGGUUACAAAAGCUAAUGGGGGUCCAAGCUCCGACCACACCAGUCUAGCAAAUGGAAAUGGAGAUCAAGGUGAAGAAUUAGGAUUUUUCAUGCAUGUCAGCACAGCAUCAGGUCAGGAGGGACAGUCGGCUCGGCUCGAGACCAAGAUCAUGCAUCCUAGUAGGAGAUGUAACAUCCAGUGUCUGCAGUUUUACUAUUAUCAUUCUGGAAAUAAAGCUGAUGAACUGAACAUCUGGAUUAGAGAGUUUGAUAAACAGGACUCCAAAGGAACUCUUCGCCUCAUGGAAAAAAUCAGUGUUCCACCAACAUGUCACUGGAAGCUCCAUCAUGUUUCUCUUAAUGCCACCAAAGAUUUCCAGGUGGUGUUUGAGGUUCAGAAAGGGGCGGGAAACUCUACAGGCGGCUUCUCAAUUGAUGACAUCAACCUCUCUGAGACUGAGUGUCCACACGUGGCCCUUCAGAUUGAUGAAAUUGAGAAAAUAAUAAGCACAAGUACCUCAAGAACCACAAUAUACAGCCCACGACGGUACUCCAAAGAAGGCUAUGCUUAUCGAGUUGCAGCAGUUGUACAGAAUUACAGGACAUAUGUUGGAAUGUUUGUGCAGCUCUUGUCUGGUAAAUAUGAUAGCCAGCUGAAGUGGCCUUGCUUGCAACGAGAAAUGACUUUCACAUUGCUGGAUCAAACCCCCAACAUGCAACUGCAAAUGUCAAAACAACAGAGCGUUGUUUCUCUCCAGACUCACACGAGCUCUAGCGGUACUAUUGUCUGGGAUAAUCCUCGUGAGACUGGAACUGGUCUUUUUUAUGAGAAUGAUGAGUUAGUCUAUGGUGGAGUUCUUUAUGGAUACCCGGAUUUUGCAACUUUGGAGGAUCUGCAAUCCAGAGAGGUCAUAAAGGGAGGAAGUGCUAUUUUCAUGUUUAACUUUGAAGAUCUCACUCCGCUAAAUACUGCAUCAGUUCUUCCAUGUCCUCAAUUAAGACCAGUGGACAUUACAAAUCCUCCCCCGAACCUGGAUGAAGACCAAUGCUCACAUACACAUGGAUUCUCUGCGGCUGUGGUGCCCUACCCAUUCCUCAUCUUCAUUCUGGCUGCGAUGCUUCUGGUGCCGUGAUGCACACAUUCACGUUUCCUAUUUUACAUCGACACCAUCAGUAAAAUCCCUCUGUUUUUUCCAAGUACUUUAUGUUGUUUUUUUAAAAUGAGUAAAAGAGGCAAGCAUCAUGAACAAUUAUUUUUGAGUAGAUGUGGGUCACAAUUUAAAACAGUUUUGUUUGUUUUCAAAGUGUAAUCCUGAAAUUCAUUUGUCAGCAAUAUCAACAUUUUGUGAUGGAUUUUUCUUUGAAGCAUUUAGAUUUUAUUUUGGAACAUUGUUUAGACAAUACUUAUUUGAAGCUAGAGUUUCUUUUGGUGCAUUGAUUUUGUUAUUACAGGCUAAUUAUGAUGAAUUUACAAUAUUUAGAUGUCAUAAUUGCAUUAAAUUGUCCGUCUGUAGCAUAUUUUACAAUCGUUCUUGGUGCUACAUUUGAAUAAAAAAAAAGGUUUAAAUAAAUGCGUGGUAUUUGUUGACACAUUUAUUACAGAUUCACAAAAUCGUCAACAUCUAUAUUCAAUACGUGUAUAUUUAUUUUAAUGUCAA